CUGCUUUAGCCUCUUGUGUCCUCCCUGCCCUGAGGACUUCAUGCAGCAGCAGGACACAGGCUGAUGCCCUCAGCACACCCUGCCAUGGAGGGGGGGCAGAACUACCCCCAGCACCAGCACCAGCAGCCUGGCAGCACCCUCUACAGCAUGCCCGGGCUCCGCUCCCAGCUCGCCGUGCCAGCCAUGGAGAGUUCCAUGCUGGCUGCCGACUCGUGGAGUAGCUGCUACCCUGCCACCUUCCCAGCCUCCUCUUUCCCCAGUGAAAACCAGCAAUAUUUUAAUCCCCCUCCUGAUUUUUAUACAACCCCCCUCAGCAGACCACAUUUCUUGGACACAAACUAUGCAGCUGUGGACCCUACUGACUUCUUACCAAAAAAUGGUGAUUUUCCUCAGGAUUCUUCAUACCUCGAUGAGCUCUCCACCAACAACUCCCUCUUCUCCUCCCCGGCCGACUCCCUCUCGGACAUCGCUGACCCCAAGGACUUCCUCUCUGCAGACAGCCUGACCCACGUGCCAACACUCUGGGAUGUGAGCACACCACAGCACAACCAGCUGGAGCUGCAGUCAGCCAGCAGAUCCUUCCCUGGCUUAAACAGCUCCAAUGACCACACCACUGCUGUCCCCAGCACCCCACUCCUCAUCAGCUACCAGUCUCAGGCUCCUGCAGAGGAGGAGGAUGAAGGGGAGGAGGAAGAAACAGAAGAGUUGGGGCAAACAGAGACCUAUGCAGAAUACAUACCUUCAAAAUCCAAGCUUGGGAAGCACCACCCUGACCUGGUGGUGGAAACCAGCACUCUGUCCAGUGUGCCUCCACCUGACAUCACCUACAGCCUGUCCCUGCCUCGCUCUGUUGCUGACAAAGGGUCACUCUCUGCACUACAGCUGGAAGCCAUCAUUUAUGCCUGCCAGCAACAUGAAGUUUUGUUACCCAAUGGGCAGCGAGCUGGGUUCCUCAUCGGGGAUGGUGCUGGAGUUGGAAAGGGCAGGACAGUUGCAGGCAUCAUCUUUGAAAACUAUCUGAAAGGGAGGAAGAAAGCUCUGUGGUUCAGUGUCUCCAAUGAUCUCAAGUAUGAUGCUGAGAGAGACCUGAAGGACAUCGAAGCCUCCCACAUUCCUGUGCAUGCUUUGAAUAAGAUUAAGUAUGGUGACACAGCUACCUCAGAAGGAGUCCUCUUCGCCACCUACUCGGCGCUGAUCGGGGAGAGCCAGGCGGGAGGGCAGCACCGCACGCGCUUGAAGCAGAUCCUGGACUGGUGCAGGGAGAACUUUGAUGGAGUUAUUGUGUUUGAUGAAUGCCACAAAGCCAAAAAUGCCAGCUCCACCAAAAUGGGCAAAGCAGUGCUGGACCUCCAGAACAAGCUGCCUCGAGCAAGGGUUGUCUAUGCCAGUGCCACAGGUGCCUCUGAGCCAAAGAACAUGAUCUACAUGAGCCGCCUGGGCAUCUGGGGCGAGGGCACCCCCUUCAGAGCCUUUGAUGAGUUCCUGCAUGCAAUAGAGAAGAGGGGAGUUGGUGCAAUGGAGAUCGUGGCCAUGGACAUGAAGGUCAGUGGGAUGUACAUUGCCAGGCAGCUCAGCUUCACUGGAGUCACCUUCAGGAUCGAGGAGAUCCCCCUGGAUCAGCAGUACAAGGUUGUCUACGACAAGGCAGCCAAGCUGUGGGCAGAGGCCCUGUCGGUGUUCCAGCAGGCGGCAGACUGCCUGGGGCUGGAGUCGCGGAAGUCGCUCUGGGGGCAGUUCUGGUCAGCUCACCAACGCUUCUUCAAGUACCUCUGCAUUGCUGCCAAGGUCAGGAGGCUCGUGGAGCUGGCCAAGGAGGAGCUGCAGAAGGACAAGUGCAUCGUCAUCGGCCUGCAGUCCACCGGGGAGGCUCGCACCAGGGAAGUCCUGGAUGAGAAUGAUGGGCACCUAAACUGCUUUGUGUCUGCUGCAGAAGGCGUCUUUCUCUCCCUAAUUCAGAAGCACUUUCCUUCAACCAAAAGAAAGAGAGAAAAAGGAACUGGCAGUAAAAGAAAAAGGAAGCAGAGGGGUCGCUGCCCCAAGGCUCUGAAGGCCCUGUGUGACCCCGUGGGGGUCAUCAAGAUCAGUGAUGACAGCAGCACCGACUCUGACCUGGGGCUGGACAGCGACUUCAACUCCUCCCCCGAGUCCCUGUUUGAGACAGACGAGGUCAUCUUCGUGGAGCGCACCUACAACGGCUUCGCUGCCGAGGACAGGGGUAACUUUCACCUGCUGCCUUCCCAGAAAGAGAUGCAUGGCCUGAGGGAACUGGAACACGUGGAGAAGCUGAAGCAGGACCUCCUAGCCAAAGUAAAAGCACUGGGCAAAGAGCUACCUCUCAAUACCUUGGAUGAACUGAUCAAUCACUUUGGGGGCCCAGAGCACGUGGCUGAGAUGACAGGGCGCAAGGGCCGCGUGGUCUGCAGGCCUGACGGCUCCGUCCUCUUCGAGUCCCGCGCCGAGCAAGGCCUCUCCAUAGACCACGUCAACCUCAAGGAGAAGGAGAGGUUCAUGAAGGGGGAGAAGCUCGUAGCAAUAAUCUCCGAGGCCUCCAGCUCAGGGAUCUCUCUCCAGGCCGACAGGAGGGUCAGGAACCAGCGGCGCCGAGUCCACAUGACCCUGGAGCUGCCCUGGAGCGCAGACAGAGCCAUACAGCAGUUUGGUCGAACACACAGAUCCAACCAGGUUUCUGCUCCAGAGUAUGUCUUCCUUAUCUCUGAGCUGGCAGGGGAGAGGAGGUUUGCAUCCAUCGUGGCCAAGCGCCUGGAGAGCCUGGGUGCCUUAACUCACGGGGACCGCCGGGCCACCGAGUCCAGGGACCUCAGCAAGUACAACUUUGAGAACAAGUAUGGAGCUAAAGCACUGGACAGGGUCCUGUCCACCAUCCUCAACCACACUGAGAACAGAGUUCCUGUGCCCAAGAGCUAUGAGAGAGGUGAAGCUGCAUUUUUCCAUGAAAUGAAGCAGGGGCUCAUCUCUGUGGGCAUCUUCUGCAACCAGACCAAGUAUGGCAUGGUCUCAGUGGAGAAAGACUGCUCCAUCACCAAGUUCCUGAACCGCAUCCUGGGGCUGGAGGUGGACAAGCAGAACCUCCUCUUCCAGUACUUCUCUGACACCUUUGACUAUCUGAUUGAGAAGGACAAGAAGGAAGGCAAAUAUGACAUGGGCAUCCUAGAUUUGGCCCCAGGAGUGGAUGAGAUCUACGAGGAGAGCAAGGAGGUCUUCCUGACCCCUGGGCACCCUCAGGAUGGGCAGGUUGUCUUUUACAAGAUCAGCGUGGACAGAGGCUUGAAGUGGGAGGAGGCUUAUGAGAAGUCCUUGAAACUGACAGGAUCCCAUGAUGGCUUCUACCUCUCCCUCAAGAUGCGAGGCAGCAAGCACACCUGCCUGCUGGCAGAGCAGAGCAGGGGCAAGAACUUCAUCCUCUACAAGCCCAACAUCGGCAAGCAGAGCCAGCCCGAGAGCCUGGACAGCCUGCAGAAGAAGUACCGGAGGGUGCUGCCUGAGGAAGCCAAGAAGCACUGGGAGGAUAGUUAUGACUUCUCCUUGAAGAACUGCAACCAUGCUGCCUGGAACAAGCCCUGCAGGCUGGUGCAGGAGGGCAAGGAGUGCCUGCAGGGGCUGCGGCUGCGGCACUACUACAUGCUGUGCGGGGCCCUGCUGCGCGUCUGGGGCCGCAUCGCCGCCCUCAUGGCCGACGUCACCAGCAGCAGCUUCCUGCAGAUCGUCCGCCUCAAGACCAAGGAGAAGAGGAAGCAAGUGGGCAUAAAGAUCCCCGAGAGCUGCGUCCGCAAGGUGCUGGAGGAGCUGAAGCAGAUGGAUGAGAACGUCAAGAGGAAGCACAGCCUCCUGCUGCAGGCCCAGGAGCAGGGCCCACACUUCCCCCUGCCCCUCCUGCCCCAGCCCCUGGACCUCACCCAGCCGGGGCCAGGCCUCCCAGCCCUGCCCAGGCACUCCCUGCGCCAGGAGGAGAUCCUGGACUUGACCUACAGCCCCCCCGGCAACAGCAUUCCCGAGGUGGUGAUGAACCCAGAGCCCGGUGCCUUGUGCUUCCCCUCGGAGCCCCUGCUCCAGCCACACCAGCAGCACUCGGUGCCCUUCGGCUUCGGUCACCACUCUGCCUUCGACAGCCCAGCCCCGGUCCUGGAGGGGACCCUCCCCCGGCCGGAGCACCUCCCCCGGCCCGAGCACCUCCCCCGGCCCGAGCACCUCCCCCGGCCGCCCCAGGGACCUCUGCCGGCCCUGCAGCAGCAGCAGGAAGAUUUUGUCCAGCAGGAUGGGAACAUCAAUUUUAGGGAGAUCCUGGAGGACAUGCUCAGGACGUUCACUGGACCCCCCCAGGAGAACCUGCUGCCCCAGGAGCGCCAGAGUGUGAUCCAGUUCAGUGGAGCCUUCCCUGACUUCUGAGAGCCCAGCCCCUGGGCUGCAGCCCCUGCAGAGCCACAGCCUCCAGGGCAGAGGUGAGAGCUGGGGGGAGGCCUCAGCUUUUCUGCUGGCUUGGACUGGUCCUUUUCUGGCUUAGAGGGAAGAGGA